AUGAAGCACCUCGCCGCCGUCGUCCUGCUCGCGCUGACACUGCUGGAGCCGGCGGCGGCCGCCGGCCUGAAGUUCACCACACACGACCUCCGCUCGGAGAAGGCUCUGAGGCAGCUUUACGAGCGGUGGUGCAAGCACUUCAAAGUAGCGCGCAAGCCAGCGGAGAAGGUCCACCGCUUCGCCAACUUCAAACAGACGGUGCACUUCGUCGCGUCCCGUACUGUUCGAGUUGCAGACGAGCCUCUGCGACUCAACGGUUUCGCGGACGCAACAAGGGCGGAAUUUGAAGGCUGCAAGUGUCGCAUGACUCCGGAGCCGCGCGUCACUGCAGCACCUGGGACCAUUCUAAGGGACCUCCCGCUGCCGGUCUCCGUCGACUGGCGUGGCGUGAUCCCUGGAGUGAACUGA